AUGCAAGACAGCCGGGAAGCAAUCCUCAACCAUCGAAUCAACAGCGCAAGGGACGCGCUCAUUGUUCAGAUUAAGAACUAUGGGAAUACCAUCCUGGAUAAGCCAGUGGACGAGAGUCAAGUCGGAUAUUCCUACAGCGACCACGCAAACAGUGGGCCCGCGGCUCUUAAGGGCGGCGCUUUUGCUAACCAGUAUUCGGCGGACAAUCAUACAAAUUUCGCGAACAACGUGAAAGGAACUUUGGUCAGCGGUCCACUUUCAUGGAUAUGGGAAAAGGAACAGGUGUAUAUUGUCAAGGACUCCUAUUCCAUCAACGGCAAAUCGCCCGCGGACCUUGAUCUCGAUUCCGACGUUUCAAACCGAACCUGCAGCAAUAACGGCACCUGUUACUGGUUCAUCAAGAACACGGGUAUUUCCGAUCCUGCAGAGGAUGUCUUUGAUCCGGUUCCUGGUUUUGACAGUCUUCAGAAAUGGGGUCUACAGCCCCUUGAUGUGGCCAUGGCUGCAGAGACGUCGCAGAAUGCAGGCGGCUACUUGAAGAACUGGACUGUUCCUGAGACCCUUCCUUUCCUCAGAGGUUCACACGGCAGUAAGCCUCCUAAGGCUCUCAUGAUUAACCUACCCGUUUGUUCUUUGGACUUUAUGCAUAGUUCCUGGCCCGAUCAGAGCGAUGCAGGUAUGGACGGUCUGGAUUGGGAUGAUUCUGUGAGUUAA